CCAAAAAGUAUCCACCUCUAAUAAUUGUUGCACGUGCAUUUGGUCCACUUUGUUUAAAUGCUGUUUAUUGAAAAAUGAACCAUUUCGAGAUUCGUGAAAUACCCGGAAAGGGUCGUGCCAUGGUGGCAACAAAGAACUUUCAAACCAAUGAAAUCAUCUUCGAGGAGGAACCGUUUGUGUCUAAACAAUUUUCUUGGAAUGCUGCCUACGGCUAUGCCGCAUGUGACCAUUGCAUGCGCCCGCUUGAGACUGUAUUGGAAAAUGUUCGGCGUUUGGCCAGUGAUCCAAAAGUGGAGGUGCCAUUGCUUCAGCAUGAUCCUACAGCAUCGUGGGUAAAUCAGUUCACACAAUGCCCUAGAUGUAAGGUUCGGUAUUGCUCCGAGGAUUGCUUGAUGGAGGCACAAAAGCGUUAUCAUCGCGUGGCUUGCAUGGGAGCGUUUCGAGCGGAUGAUACACAUCCCAUAAAUGUUUUAAAUGAAACAUGGAAGAAAAUGCACUAUCCACCAGAGACCGGAACCAUUAUGUUAAUUGUCCGUCUAAUGGCAAUGUACCAGCAAAGUACCAAGAAGGAGGAGUUUUUCGAACAAUUGCAAUCCUUUCAGGCAUUAAUUGUAAAUCGGGAGCAGAAAAUUUAUCACAAAAUGCUUGGAGAGAAUUUUGAACAGCAAAUGGAGCAGCUUUACCUGGCCUUUUGUCAAGCAUUUCAAGGCGAGGACUUUGCCAGGUUUACAACGCCGGAUGCAUUUAAGACUCUAAUGGGCAUCAUGGGGACCAACAGUCAGGGCAUAGCAACAAGUGUUCUUUCUCAAUGGGUCACCAUUGUAUCAGACCUCCCUCUGUCCGAUCCGGAAAAGGUUCAAUUGGAUCAAGAGAUUGAUAAUUUGUACGCCAAAGUUGGUGAAUUUGCUGGCGAAUUUCUCAACAACGAAGGCUCUGGCCUGUAUUUACUUCAGAGUAAAAUUAAUCACAGCUGCGUACCCAAUGCCUGUUCUACGUUUCCCUAUUCCAACGAUAUUGUAGUUCUUAAGGCACUGUCGCCAAUUCAGGAGGGUGAUGAGAUUUGUAUAUCAUAUUUAGAUGAAUGCCAAUUGGAACGCAGUCGUCAUUCGAGACAUAAAAUUCUUUGCGGAAAUUAUAUAUUCAUUUGCCAGUGUCCUAAGUGUCGUGCACAAGCCUCAGAUCCUGAUGUAACGAGCGAUGAGGAAGACGAUGAUGAUGACGAGAUGGAUGACUAUGACGAUGACGAUGAAAUGAACUAGACUUAGGCUAAACUAUCGGUUUUGUUAAAAAAUAUAUAAGAUCAAAAUAUAUACGCAUUUGCAUAUAGUAAAA